GAAAACUUAAGUUAAUAAAUAGAGUCUUAUCCUUAAGGCCUAUUAAUUAUAUUUUUAAGUAUAUUAAUUAUCUUAAGCUAAAGUUAUAUAACUUAUUUAUACUAUAA